AUGCACGAGAUUGCUCCUGAACAGAGGCGGCGCAGUAGCUCUGGGGUUUAUAACGCACCAAAUUCUUAUACUGAGCUGGGAGAGAUCUUUGCGCAACAGCCGAUCGACGAAGACGCCGUUAGCGACACCGAGACCCCAGCGCUGGACCCCGUACAACGACGCGACUCGGGUGUUUACAGCGUUCCUCGAUCGUAUAGCAACCUCGACGAAGUGUCCCCUGUUCCACCGAUCGAGGAGCCUCCAUUUGAAUCUGAGCAAGAUGUGCGAGACCGGCCGAGACGACGCAGCAGCUUUGCUCGCCACGAGGGGCCAAUUUUAGAGCCGGAGCCUAUCCCGGAGGAGGCAAAGGAGAGGAGUGUAUCCAGACUGGCCACCGAGCUAUACACGCACUCGUACCUCGUAUUCUUUGCGAUUCUUGGAACAUUGGCUCGUCUGGGCCUGACGGCAUUGACGCGGUACCCUGGCACUCCCGUCAUCUUCAACACCAUAUGGUCCAACUUUACAGGAAGCGCAGUUAUGGGAUUCCUCGCCGAGGACCGUAAACUGUUUCGAAACGAAUGGGGCAACGCGACAUAUGACGAAGCGAUCAAGCAAACUAAGCAGAAGUGCAAGGACGAGGAAGAUGGGUCCAGUUCAAGUCAGCAGAAGGACGUGGAUUUGGCGGCUGCAAAGAAGGCGCAUCUGGCUAUGAAGAAGACGAUUCCCCUAUAUAUUGGACUGGCUACCGGGUUCUGUGGGAGUUUUACCACGUUUUCGAGCUUUAUCAAGGAUGCUUUCCUUGCCUUGUCGAAUGAGAUGGUGACGCCGGGAUGGUCAGACUCGCCGACAAGUCGCAAUGGGGGCUACUCAUUCAUGGCCAUGCUGGCUGUGAUCAUCGCCACCGUGUCACUCUCACUCUCGGGUCUAUUCCUUGGGGCUCAUAUCGCCAUUGGUCUUGAGCACGUCACGCCAACGAUCCCCUUUACUCUGAGUCGCAGGGUGCUCGAUCCGUUGGGCGUUUUCCUUGGCUGGGGUUGCUGGCUCGGAGCCGUCCUGCUGGCUAUCUUCCCACCACAUGAAUCUUGGCGUGGUCAGGCCCUCUUCUCGCUGAUAUUUGCACCACUGGGCUGCCUGGUUCGGUUCUAUCUGUCCCUACACCUCAACGGCAAGAUGGCGACGUUUCCCGUCGGUACAUUCACCGCCAAUGUUGUUGGUACAGUGCUGCUUGGUAUGGCAUAUGAUCUCGCCCAUGUGCCGUUGGGCGGUGUCGUGGGUUGUCAGGUGCUGCAGGGGAUCGAAGAUGGCUUCUGCGGCUGUCUGACGACGAUAUCAACCUGGGUCACUGAGCUUGGAAGUUUACGACGGAGGAGUUCGUGGAUAUACGGCAUGACAAGUGUUGUUGUGUCGCUCGUGCUGAUGAUUGCCAUCAUGGGGGGAUUGCGGUGGAGUGACGGGUAUAGUAAACUGUUGUGCAAAGUAUAG